AUGAAGAGAAUCACCGUUACCGAAUCAAAUGACUCUGUUUGGAAUGGGCCACAAGACCCACGCAAACCAGCGAACUGGUCUUUCGCCCGGAAAUGGACCAUUGUUGUAACAACUUCGCUGGCUACCUUUAUUGUAUCGUUGGGCAGUAGCAUUUUCUCUGCAGCUAUACCCUUCGUUCAGGCGGAAUUUGGAGUAUCUAGCCAUGUGGCUCUCCUUGGUAUCUCCCUCUACGUGCUUGGGUUCGCAUUUGGGCCUAUGGUCUGGGGUCCUGCGUCCGAGCUUUACGGCAAAACUCGACCACUGUGGAUUGGCUACUUCUUUUUCUGCCUAUUACACAUACCAUGUGCGCUUGCUACUCAAAUUUCCGUGGUGCUGGUUUUCAGGUUUCUUAUCGGUCUUGCCGGCUCAUCGAUGCUGGCAAUUCUCGGCGGCAUGUACGUGGAUUUCCUGCUUCAUCCUACCGAACGAGGAAUAUCCACCGCUGUCUUUAGUGCGGCUACCUUUAGUGGCCCUUCACUGGGACCGAUAGUUGGUAACAUAGUAGCCACGCGCUGGGGUUGGAGAUUUACCAUUUGGGCAACCAUGGUAGGCGCCGCGGUUUUCGGAAUGCUGGCGUUCUUGUCCACCCCAGAAACGUCUGAGGUUGUUAUUGCCCGACGUAAGGCCCGGAAAGUCUAUAAGGAUACCGGCAACGAAAGCAUCCUCAGGCAGCUUCCAGAAGAAACCCCUAACACGUCCAUAUUUUGCCAAGUAUACUUGGCCAAACCUAUUCGCAUGAUCUGUCAGGAGCCAAUCUUAAUUUUCAUGACAAUAUAUAUGAGCGUCGUCUACGGAAUCAUAUACACAACAUUCACAAUGUAUCCGAUAGCGUUUACGAGUUAUAGAGGCUGGCCAUCGGUUCAGGCGAGCCUGCCAUUUCUUGGCAUACUAGUCGGCGUACUCUUGGCUUGUUGUAUGCUGGCAUACCACAAUAUUUACUACAUUCCCCUCCUUAUGCGACAAACAGAGGUUCAUGUGCCAGAGAGGCGACUCGUUCCUAUGAUCUUGGGCUCAGCAUCUUUUGGUUCGCCUGGACCUCCGACCCAUCUAUAUCAUGGAUACCUCAGGCGUGCUCUGGUAUUCUGA